AUGGCGGGUUCCAUAGAGAUCCCACUUCGUGACACAGACGAGGUAAUUGAACUCUACCUUGAUCAGUUACCAGAAGGUGAUGAGGUUCUUGGAAUCUUACGCCAAGAACAUGCACAACUUAAUAUAUGGGUCAAUUUGGCCCUUGAAUACUAUAAACAACAUAAAAUUGAAGAUUUUAUUAAGAUACUUGAAUCUUCUCGGAUUGAUGCUAAUAUUGAUUACCGUGACUAUGAAAAAGAUCAAAUGCGUGCAUUGGACAUGUUGGCUGCAUAUUAUGUGCAGGAAGCCAACAGAGAAAAGAAUAAAGACAAAAAAAGAGACCUUUUUACAAAAGCUACACUAUUGUAUACCACUGCAGAUAAAAUCAUUAUGUAUGACCAGAAUCAUUUACUCGGCCGAGCUUAUUUUUGCCUCUUGGAGGGGGAUAAGAUGGAUCAAGCUGAUGCCCAAUUUAAUUUUGUACUGAAUCAAUCUCCGAACAAUAUUCCUUCUCUGCUUGGUAAAGCGUGUAUAGCAUUCAACAAAAAAGAUUACAGAGGUGCUCUUGCCUUUUAUAAAAAGGCAUUGAGGACAAAUCCAAACUGCCCAGCUGCUGUGAGAUUGGGAAUGGGUCACUGUUUUAUGAAAUUAAAUAACCAGGACAAAGCGCGUUUAGCAUUUGAAAGAGCUUUGCAAUUAGAUGGCCAAUGUGUAGGGGCAUUGGUUGGCCUUUCAGUUUUGAAGCUAAACCAACAGCAACCUGAUAGUAUCAGGACUGGUGUACAAAUGUUAUCUAAAGCAUAUACGAUAGAUUCCACGAAUCCUAUGGUAUUAAAUCACUUGGCAAAUCAUUUCUUCUUUAAAAAAGACUAUAAUAAAGUGCAACAUUUAGCACUCCAUGCAUUUCAUAAUACUGAAAAUGAGGCUAUGCGUGCAGAGAGUUGUUAUCAAUUAGCCAGAGCAUUUCAUGUUCAAGGUGACUAUGAUCAAGCAUUUCAAUAUUAUUAUCAAGCAACUCAAUUUGCACCACCAGUUUUUGUGUUACCACAUUUUGGCUUAGGUCAAAUGUAUGUUUAUCGCGGAGAUGCAGAAAAUGCAGCACAGUGCUUCGAGAAAGUUUUAAAAGCUCAACCAGGCAAUUACGAGACGAUGAAAAUUCUCGGAUCAUUGUACGCAAACUCAAGUUCUCAAUCGAAACGCGAUAUCGCUAAAAACCAUCUUCGGAAAGUAACAGAACAAUUUCCCGACGAUGUUGAAGCAUGGAUUGAGUUAGCUCAAAUUCUAGAACAAAGUGACCUUAACGCAGCCUUAAACGCAUAUGGUACUGCAACUAGGAUUUUAAAAGAAAAAGUUCAGGCAGAUAUACCACCUGAAAUUCUAAAUAAUGUUGGAGCUCUACAUUAUAGACUUGGAAAUUUAGAAGAAGCUAGAAAAAAUUUGGAAGAAUCUUUGGCGCGUUCUAAAGCCGAUGCCUUACACGAUUCCGUAUACUAUAACUCGAUCGCGGUUACGACUACGUAUAACUUAGCACGUUUGAACGAAGCUUUAUGUAUAUUUGAUAAAGCAGAAAAGUUGUACAAAGACAUUUUAAAGGAACAUCCGAAUUAUGUAGAUUGCUAUUUACGACUUGGUUGUAUGGCUCGAGACAAAGGACAAAUUUACGAAGCUUCCGAUUGGUUUAAAGAUGCUCUGAGAAUAAACAACGAGCAUCCUGACGCGUGGUCUCUUUUAGGUAAUUUACAUUUAGCCAAAAUGGAAUGGGGUCCUGGUCAAAAGAAAUUUGAAAGGAUCCUUAAAAAUCCAACAACAAGUACCGAUGCCUAUUCUUUGAUUGCUUUGGGCAACAUUUGGUUGCAAACAUUGCAUCAAAGUGGAAAAGAUAAAGAUCGUGAGAAGCGUCAUCAAGAUAGAGCAUUGGCUAUGUAUAAACAGGUUUUACGAAACGAUCCUAAAAAUAUUUGGGCGGCAAAUGGAAUCGGAGCUGUAUUAGCGCAUAAAGGUUGUGUAAAUGAAGCCAGAGAUAUUUUCGCUCAAGUCCGAGAAGCAACGGCAGAAUUUUGUGACGUUUGGUUGAAUAUAGCGCACAUUUAUGUAGAGCAGAAACAAUUUGUUAGCGCUAUUCAAAUGUAUGAAAAUUGCCUUCGAAAAUUCUAUAAGUAUCAUCAUGUAGAAGUCUUGCAAUAUCUAGGAAGAGCUUACUUUAAAGCUGGUAAAUUGAAGGAAGCAAAAUUGACGCUACUAAAGGCAAGAAGAGUAGCUCCACAGGACACUGUGUUGUUGUACAAUAUUGCGCUUGUCCUCCAGCGUUUAGCGACGCAAAUUUUGAAAGACGAAAAGUCGACUUUAACAACCGUACUGCAGGCAGUUCACGAAUUGGGACUUUCACACAAAUACUUCCAAUAUUUAUCAACACACGGGGACAGAAUGGAACAACUUGCGGAGACAGAGGCAAGACGAUGUCAAGAUUUGUUGUCACAGGCACAGUAUCACGUCGCCCGUGCCAGAAGGUUGGACGAAGAAGAAAAAAUGCUUCGAAGGAAACAAGAGGAAGAAAGGCAAGCGUUUAAAAUGCGACAAACAGAAGAGCAAAGGAAACUGGAAGAAAUGCGUCGCCAGAAGGAAGAGGAAAUGUUGCAGAAACGACAGGAGUACGUUGAAAAGACGAAGAACGCUUUGGUGUUCGGAGACAUGCCUUCAGAGAAGCCAGGAAGGAAAGGAAAGAGAGUUCGCACUGAUCAAUAUAUUAGCGACAGCGGUGGUUCUGGAAGAGACGAAGGUAGAGAAGAAGCUCCACGAGAAAAGAAACGUAAAAGGAAAGCAAGUGGCGAACGUAAAGAGAAGAAAGGCAAAGGUAAAGGAAGACGCAAGAAGGAAGCAGGAAGUGGUGAAAGCGGGUCAGAUAGUGAUCGACCCAAACCGAAACGUGGUAGGAAAACUGGAGGUUUUAGGAGGGACAAAGGAUCUAGGAAAAGUACAGCUGAGACUUCAAAGGGCAAGAUGCCUUUGUCGAAAGAAACAAUAUCAACUAGUGAAUCUGACAGUGAUUCUGGAGAUCUUAAGAUUGCCAGCGGAGGUGAAAGCGGUAACGAAGGCAGAGCACGAGGAAGCAGAAAGAUCACGUCUGAUUCAGAAGGUUCUCGCGCAUCGCGUUCUAGAUCUCGUUCCAGAUCAAAGUCCAGAAGUCGUUCUAGAAGUAGCUCGCGGUCACAGUCCCGAUCUCAAUCACGAUCAGUGUCUCGUUCACGGUCCAGAUCUCGUUCAGGUUCGAAAUCACGAAGUCAGUCGCGAUCGAGGAGCCCGUCUAGAUCAAGAUCAGGUUCGGCGAAAAGCGGAUCGCGUUCAAGAUCAGGUUCUAGAUCAAGAUCAGGGUCGAGAAAGAGUCAAUCACGAUCAAGGUCGCGUAGUGGAUCGAGGAAAAGUAGUGGAUCACACCCAAGAUCGAGAUCAGGUUCUCCAGGAAGCGCAGGAUCAAGAUCAAGGUCGCCUAGUGGUUCUAGGAAGGCUCCUUCGCGUUCAAGGUCAAGGUCAAGGUCAAGAUCAAGGUCUAGGUCUAGGUCGGGAUCAAGAAGUGGCUCACAAUCGGACGAACGUAGGUCAAGAAGCAAAAGUCGAUCAAAAUCUAAAUCUGCGUCGAGGUCUAGGUCACGUUCCGGUUCAAGGUCGAAGAGUGGUUCUCGAAGUCGUAGCCCUANNNUUUGUUCCAGAUCUGCUACCCCAGAAUCGAGAAAAUCAGUUUCAGGCAGUGACGUUGGUUCACGCCAUUCGAGUACAGAUCGGGGUGGUGGGAGCGAAAGUGAAUAAAGUUUAACGUUGAAAUAAAGAUCAUUCACGAUGCACACGAAUGUUCACUUUCACCGUGUAUUACACACGUUUUGUAAGGGUCGAAUUUACAUAUGAAACAUAUUAAACUUUCGCGAUAUAUUUCUUAACGUACGCUUUAAAUAACCG